AUGUCUUACUACGAUCCUUUCCAAGGUAUUCCUCAACAAUACAUGGCCCAGUCAUAUUACCCACCUCAGUUUUAUGCUCAGCAAGGGUCUGAUGACCAAUUGGUUAAUCCAGAUGGUAUGACUGCAUCCAUUGAUUCAAGGCCUUCUUCUUACGAUCAACAAUACCCUCAAUAUCAAUCAGAAGCCGGGUUUAAUUUCAACGGUGUUGAUAUGAAUGCUCCUAGUGUUAAUGCUAACGGUCAUCAAUUUUAUUCUGGUGCUCCAACUGAUGAAUCUACUUUUUUGGAAUCUCAAAAUGGUAUGGUUAAUCCUCAUCAACAUGGGCUUAAUUUAGAUGAUGUUAAUGGAUUAUCUCAAGUUAAUGGUGCUUAUCAAGGUCAAUAUCCUCCAGGUUCCAAUGCUGCUCAAGUUAAUGGUGGUGCUGGUAUUCCAAGUGGUAAUUUAUCAAAUGUUAAUUUAAUUCCAGGUACUCCAAAUGGUCAAAAUAAUGAUAUCAUUUUUGGUGCUAAUGGUACUCCAACCCCUCAACAAUCUGGUGGUCAAAAUGGCUCGGUGGCUCCUUCUCGUACUGUUUAUUUGGGUAAUAUACCUUCAGAUAUACAACCAAAUGAAUUAUUAGAUUAUGUUAGAAGUGGAAUUUUAGAAAAUGUUAAAAUUUUACCUUCUAAAAAUUGUGCAUUCAUUUCUUUUAUAGAUCAACAAUCAGCUUUAUUAUUCCAUUCUGAUUGUAUCUUGAAAAAAUUAAGUAUUAAAGGUCAUGAUAUUAGAAUUGGUUGGGGUAAAAAUACUUCAAUUUUGCCAGCUGUUAUGGAAGCUAUUCAAAGAGAUGGUGCCACUAGAAAUGUUUAUUUAGGUAAUUUAAAUAAUCCAGCAAAUGGAGAAUUAAUUACUGAAGAAGAAUUGAGAGAAGAUUUAUCAUGUUAUGGAGUUAUUGAUUGUAUUAAAAUUAUUCCAGAAAAAGGUAUUGCUUUUAUUCAUUUCUUAUCAAUUUUAAGUGCAAUAAGAUGUGUUGCUAAUUUACCUUUAAAAGAAAAAUAUUUAGAUAAAAAAUGUUUUUAUGGUAAAGACAGAUGUGCAUUUAUUACUAAAACUCAACAACAUAAUGCAGCCCAAUAUUUAGGUUUAGCUCCAGGUAUGGAACACAUUGUUACUGCUGCAGAUCGUGAAUUCAUUUCAAGUGCUUUAGUCCAACAAUCUGCUGCAGCUGCCCAAAUUGCUACUCAAGCUGGUGGUGCUAAUAAUUUAGGUAAUAGAACUGUUUAUUUGGGUAAUUUACAUCAAGAUUCUUCUGUUGAAGAAAUUUGUAAUGUUGUUAGAGGUGGUUUAUUACAAAGUAUUAGAUUUUUAAAAGAACGUCAUGUUUGUUUUAUAACUUUUAUUGAUCCAAUUGCUGCUGCACAGUUUUUCGCCAUGUGUCAAUUACAUGGAUUAACUAUUCAUAAUAGAAGAAUCAAAGUUGGAUGGGGAAAACACAGUGGUCCAUUAUCUAAUGCAUUAUCAUUGGCAGUAUCCAAUGGUGCUUCAAGAAAUAUUUAUAUUGGGAAUAUAAUUGAUUUUGAAUAUUAUAAUCCAAAUAAAUUAAGAGAUGAUUUUACUAAAUUUGGUGAUAUUGAACAAAUUAAUUAUUUAGAAGAAAAAAAUUGUGCAUUCAUUAAUUUUGUUAAUAUUGCAAAUGCAAUUAAAGCAAUUGAUGGUAUCAAAUCUUUUAAUGAUUAUAAAACUUUAAAAAUCAAUUUUGGUAAAGAUAGAUGUGGUAAUUUACCAAGACAAUUUCAAAAUCAAAAUCAAGGUCAAAAUCAAAUGAACGGAUUUGAUUCAAGCUCAUUUUCUGAUAAUGAAUUUAUGAGUGAUGAACAAAUUCAACAACUCCAACAAGAAGCUUCUGAUGAUAAUUCAAUUGGUGCAAUUAAUAACGUUGAACAGUAA